CGAACGACCAUGGGCAAAAGGAAGAAGUCAUCACGCAAACCUGGGGCAGGAAGGGUCAAAUUAAAGCCUUUAGAAACGACCUUCCAAUGCCUCUUCUGCAACCACAACGAGUCAGUCGUGUGCAAGCUUGACAAGACUGAAGGUCUUGGUCAGCUGCACUGUAAAGUCUGCGGGCAGCGGUUCUCAUGCACUGUCAACUACCUCUCUGAGCCCAUCGACGUCUACUCAGAGUGGAUCGAUGCCUCCGAAAAAGCACAAGAGCGGCGACAGCCCGUACGCAAGCAACGACCUGCGGCUCGUGAAGAGGAGGAUUUGGAUGAGGAUGCCCCAAGGGGACCAACACCGCUGGGCGACGAAGAGGAUUACGAUGAAUAAUCCCUCGUGCUCGUCUCUGUAAUUCAGCCACUUCUAUUUCUUGCCAUCGGCAUCGUGUACUUCUAGCCAGCAUACCCUAUCAUCGACGCAGCAGCAAUUGAUAUGUACGUAUUGCGU